AUUUCCCCUGACGUGGAGCUAGAUUUGUACAAUGGCUGAUACAAAAGUGGAAAAUACUGCGGAUAACUCCACCACUGUGCAAAAUCCAAAUGCACCGUCCCAGCAAAAUAAUCCACUGUCCAGGAAACUCAAUAAGAUAUUGGAAACGAGGCUUGACAAUGAUAAGGAGAUGCUGGAGGCCCUCAAAGCUCUGUCAGUGUUCUUCACAGAGAACAGCCUGCGCACCAGAAGGAACCUCCGCGGUGACAUAGAGAGACGUAGCCUGGCCAUCAACGAGGACUUUGCACGAGUAUUCAAAGAGGUCAAAGAGGAGCUCGAGAGUGUCAAUGAAGACGUCCAGGCCAUGAGCAGCUGCUGUGAGGAGAUGACCAGCAGGUUAAAGGCAGCAAAGGAGCAGACCCAGGAUUUAAUCGUCAAGACCAACAAACUUCAGGGAGAAAAUCACCGGCUGGAGGUCAGAGCCCAGGUGGCCCAGGCCUUCCUCACCAAGUUCCAGCUGACCAGUGAAGAGAUGGCCAUUCUGAGAGGAGCCCGGGACACGCCCAUCACAGAGGAUUUCUUCAAAGCUCUGCAUCGUGUGAAGCAGAUCCAUGAAGACGUCAAGGUCCUCCUGAGAACCAACCAACAGACAGCAGGGCUGGAGAUCAUGGAGCAGAUGGCUGUGUUACAGGAGACGUCGUAUGAGCAGCUCUACCGCUGGGCCCAGAAUGAGUGCAGGGGGCUAACCCAGGAGGCGUGUGACAUCAGCCCCGUUCUGACCCAGGCCAUGGAGGCUCUGCAGGACCGGCCGGUGCUCUACAAAUACACCCUGGAUGAGUUUGGCACAGCCCGGCGCUCCGCUGUGGUCCGGGGCUUCAUCGAUGCUCUGACGCGGGGAGGGCCUGGAGGGACCCCACGCCCCAUAGAGAUGCACUCACACGACCCAAUGAGGUAUGUUGGGGACAUGUUGGCCUGGCUGCAUCAAGCUACCGCUUCGGAGAAGGAGCAUUUGGAGGCUCUGCUCAAGCAAGUCACAAUAGCAGGUGUGGAGGAGAACAUGCAGGAGGUGGUAGGACACAUUACAGAGGGAGUGUGCAGACCGCUCAAGGUGAGGAUAGAGCAGGUGAUUGUGGCAGAGCCUGGAGCUGUCCUGCUCUACAAACUCUCAAACCUCCUCAAGUUCUACCAUCACACCAUAAGCUCCAUCAUUGGGACCAGCGUGGCCUCUCUGCUCAUGACCAUGGACGAGAUGCACAUUCUCAGCAAAAAGAUGUUCUUCAACAGCCUCAGCCUACACGCCAGCAGGCUCAUGGACAAGGUGGAGCUGCCCCCUGCAGACCUGGGACCCACUGCGUCCCUCACACAGACCCUUUCUCUGCUCAGAGAGGUGCUGGCCUCACACGACUCUUCUGUGGUGCCUCUGGAUGCUCGCCAGGCUGACUUCGCUCAGGUGCUCUCGUGCAUCCUGGACCCCCUCCUCCAGCUCUGCACCGUCUCUGCCAGUAACCUGGGCACAGCGGACAUGGCCACCUACAUGGUCAACUCCCUGUACGUCAUGAAGACCACGCUGGCUCUGUUUGAAUUCACCGACAAGAGGCUGGAGAUGCUCGAGUUCCAGAUAGAGGCUCAUCUUGACACGCUGAUCAACGAGCAGGCGUCCUACGUCCUGACCAGAGCCGGACUCAGCUACAUCUACAACUGUGUCCAGCAGCACAGCCCCGAGCAGGGCCCCCUGUCCCUCCUUCCCAGCAUGGACAACUCAUCUGUCAAAGCAGCUAUGGUCCAGUUUGAUCGGUACCUGUCGUCUCCGGACACUCUGGUGAUGCCACAGCUCAACUUUCUGCUCAGCGCAGCCAUCAAGGAGCAGAUCUUUCGCCAGUCCACAGAGCUGGUUUGCAGGGCCUACGCCGAGGUCUACGCCGCUCUCACCAGCCCGGCCAACGGAUACAAAGACGCCGAGAACCUGGUGCCCCGGUCGCCCCCGCAGGUCAAGACCUUACUGUCCUGAGAGACCCCCCCCCCCUCUCUACACCACCACACCACAGCAGCAGCAGCAAGAGAAGCCAGAAACUCAAGCUCCACUGGGCUAUUUAAAGCGUGGAGCGGUCGAUGACAUAAAUGUAUAAAGUAAGGCGGGGUUUUCUGUGGGCCGGAGGGAAAGUACAUUACAUAGGAGGGUAUAUGGGUUUGUUAGACUGGUACGGCUCGCUUGUUUUUACUCCAUGGGCUGUCUUCAGGAUCUCAUGUUGUACAAAGUCAUGUUUAUAACACUAUUACUGAACAUAAAGUGAUCUCAGAAAUGUGAA